GGGGAUCAGGAUUCAGACGGAGCCUAUCCGUAUUGUUCGAUGAAUGUAUACGCCGUAACCGACGAGACGACCGAGUUUGUGACCUACGGCGAUAUCUGGUCGCCAGAUGGUAGUGCCACCGGAUGGGGUUUGGUACUUGGACAAUGGCAAUCUCAGUACGGAGUGGCUGGAUACGGAGUGCUCUACCAAUCUCCACCUGGUCGAUGACGAUGCCCCGGGGGGUGGCCAAUGCGUUUAUAUCCCUGGAUCAGAUUACGACUUUUAUCAGAUCAACCAAACCGUCGCCGAUGCCCAGGUCGGCCAGACAUACAACGCAUCCGUCUCCUGGCGGCUCAAGUCAGACGAAUAUAAUGCAGAUGUCCCUGUUACGUGUAGCAUCGACUAUCGGUUAUCCAAUGGCGACACGGGCCUCCUAUUGGACAUCGCGCAUGAGACUGUCACGGUUUCCUCGACCGACAGUGGUUGGAUGGCGGUUAACGGAACUUGGGAUGCCACUGUUUCAGAUUUUACCAUUAUGAUCACUGUACAAUGUAGUACGGAGGACACCGAUUAUCUGCCAGACAUCGAAAUUGCCAAUGUUCGACUCAACAUCCAAAUAGUGAGCUGUCCGGUGCAAAGGUCUUCAUCGGCUGUGGCCAGCUCCACUCAAGUAUCAUCAACCACCCCUCCGAGAACUCCGAUCUCAUCCGCUGUGGUCUCUCCUACCCCAGUUUCUCAUUUGGCUGUUCCAUCUUCGUCUUUCCAUGCGACUUCCCUAGUUCUAGCCUCUUCUUCGGUUGCUGUGAACCGCAGUCGAGUUGCGUCAUCAUUGUCAGACUAUCCCGUCUCUUCUGUCAGUCCUUCGGUAAGUGUCAGCCGUAGUCGAGUUGCUGCUUCGUCCAGCUCCUUGGUUUCAUCAGCAAUCGCAGUCACUACACCAGUUACCAUCCCAAUAUUCAUUCCGGGGUUGUCAUCUGCUGUGCCGUCGCCAGCGUCUUCUUUGUCGUCCAAUGUCGCCUCCUCGCACAUUUUGACACCGGGCCAACCUGGGAGGCCCCUCACAUCUAUCUUAGCAACAAACCCUCUGCCUACAGCCUCGCAAUCUGCCAAACUUGCGACAGUCCCUGCGGGGUCGGACAUGACCACCUCUACGAUCUUUACUACCAGCACUGUGACAAUAACCUCCUGUCCUUCUACCAUUACCGAUUGCCCCGCCUCCAAGAGGACAACAUAUCUCACUACCGAGACCAUUCUAGUCUCGACGACAGUAUGCCCCAUCACCGCAGCCGCAACUGCAACUGCGACCGAUGAUGGCUCUUACACAUCGACUAUCCUUACGACCAGAACCACGACCAUCACAUCGUGCGCGGCUACUGUCACAAACUGCCCUGCCCGCUCACAGACCACCUAUAUCAGCACCCAGACGUUGGUGGCUGGAACAACGAUUAUCUUUACGGGCAAGACGAUUCCCGCUCAAACGGCCUUACCAGGUACGACCAAUGUUUCUUCGGGGUCUAAUGACGCCCCGGUGACUACAGGGCCACAUGGUGCCGGUGUCAACAUUGCAGGCAGUCAAGGAACUCCGACAGAUUCCAGCACGACGACUGCUGCGCCUGGCACGGUUGCGGCCGCCUCAGCUAAUGCUGUCGCUCCUGAAAAGCCUUGGCCGCAUGUUUCAUCGGCCUCAUCCGAAAUUGGCAGUUUUGGCUCCACUGGCAGCUCUAGCCUGGAUGCUUCUUCUAGCUCUGGAUCCGAAUCGCGUGUUGCCGGUUCUUCUGCGUCCGGAGUUUCUGCAUCUGGCUCUAAUGGUUCCGGCCCGUCGAAUUCAUCGAGUGAUUAUGGCUCCUGCAUUUUCUCUGGCUCUCCUAGUGAUUCUAGCUCUGGGCCUGCCUGUUGCUAUACCUCGGACUCGGAUUCUGGCCACAUUAGUACGGAGUUGUCUGGUUUGUCUAAUUACUCUACCUCUGGAUCUGCCAUUGGGUCUACCGGACCUUCUAGGCCCUCGGGCUCCGGUGAUUCCAGAUCACGCACUGGAACUAGCUCCGCUGGUAGUUUCGCCUCUGUUUCUGGUUCUGAAUCUUUCAACUCUGGCUCCGCCUCCGCUUCUUAUGACUCCUCUAAUUCUGGCUCUCACAAUACCGCUGAAUCCACCGGGCAAACACCUCCAAACUCCGAUAUGGAUCUCACGGCUACCUCUGCCACCGGAAUUACUGGAGAGUACAAUGGUUCUAGCUCGCCUAAGACAUUGACUACCUCCGUCGAAAGCACCUCUACGACCGCAGAAAUCCCCAGUACCAACUCCAACUCACCCAUCAAUGGAAACAAUGUUGCUGCCGUAUCUGAUGGAUCUUCGCCUAUUGCUGGCUCCUCUUAUGGUUCUUCAAGUGGCCAGAAUUUCCCAGCAGGCUAUGGUUUCUCAACUAGACCUGCAAUCAGUAGUUCCGUUGCAUCCAUGACACCCGCAAACAGCGCAACUGCCCAGGCAUCAAGCACUACGUCCAGCGCGGUUGGCGCUGUAUUCACAGGAGCUGCUUCUGCUGUUCCCAUUCAGAACCUUGUUCUCGCGGCAGUUGCUAUGGUCGUUGGGGUUAUCCUUUUGUGAGGAGUGGCCCAGUAAUCCAAGCGAUCUUUUAUUCAUAUUUAUAUAUCACAGCCUCAAACCAUCAGAACAUAGAAAUUUCCC